CCAAAAUUAAUCAGCUGAUUGUCAAUUUUUUUCCUUAUUUUAGGUUUAUAAGAGAAAAGUGACCCAAACACUCAAAAAAUGUGAAAAAAGUUCAUUUUCUAGAUAUAUGCCGAAGUAAAUUUUAUUUAUUUGAUUGACAUAUGAAAAUUUUAAAGUUCUAAAAUCAUGUCUAUUCAGUCAAACCUCAUCACCUAUCAAGCCAGCUUAGGGCUACCCCAAGAACUGAGAGUUAAACCUUUGGCACUAAUAGGAUUCUCUGGCUUGGAUAUAGUGAAUAAUGCAGUCCAUAAAUCUAUUUGGGAAACGUUUAACAAUAGGACUGAGAAGGCACCUGUGUCAUAUAAGAUGAUCACUGCUACCCAUAAAUUUCCUGUUAUAAAGCCAAAAAGGAGCUCAUAUGACUGGUAUAUUCCCAAGGGAAUCCUUAAAAGGAACUGGAUGGGGAAGUAUUUGCAAGAAGUGCCAGCCAUUAUUGUUAUAUUUUAUGAUUUGGAUUGGAAAGACAUCUCAUGGAAUGAGAAGAUGAUUGAGUGUGCUUCAAAAGUGCAGUCAAUGAGAGCUGCAUUAGAAGGAAGGGACACCCGCAUCAUAGUUGUUCUAAUUCAAAAUCAUUUACCAAUUCCAGAGGAUCCUCUAGCUGCAGAAAGAGCUGUUACACUUUGUUCCAGUUGUGAACUAAAUGCUCAGUCUCUUUUUGUGUUACCACAUGGACAACAUUUGCUUGGAUAUACAAUCAGGUUAGAAAAUGCUUUUUUUGAAUACUGUCAAACUUAUUACUACAACAGAGUUAAAGGCAUUAAAAUGCAUAAGGAGCACCUAAACAAAAACUCUCAUCAGUACUUGUAUGUACGUCAUCAGUUUAAAAUGGCAUUUUUGAAUGAACUUAAACAAGACAUUCAUUCUGCCCACAAGCAUUAUACAGUAGCAUAUAAUAACUUGUUAGAAAUAAGAAUAGUGGAUCCCAAUGCGUUCGAAAUCCGUACAGUGGCCGGAUUUAUAAAUUACAAAAUUUGCACACUAUUAUUUAAUUUGAACCUGCCAAGGGAUGCGAUUUCUCAGUUCAAGGGACACAUAGACAAGUUUAAGAAUCGGACUGGUUUUCAAGAGUUAAUUUUUGAACAGUAUGCUUGGCUUUCCAAACAGUAUGAAAUAUUUGGUGAUAUUUUUGAUGAAGCAGUAAAACUGGGCCUUCCCGCAGUACAAAUCCAACAUCCUGGUAUUUAUUAUCAGCAAGCUGCCCAAUUUGCAAUAUUAAGAAAAGACGCUUGUCAUAAAUUGUGUUCGCAAGUUCUUGCUUAUCCACACCCAGACUCAUUGGAAGGUUGGGAAAGGCUGGAAUUUUAUGGGCAAAGGCCUUGGCGGUCUGGAAAAACACCUUCUGAACCCCCUGAUCCGAAUAAACUGCCUUCGGAAGUAGAUGGAAUCACUGCUUUACAGUAUUUAGAAAACCAGAUCAACCAUUCUAGUAUAAUAAUUUCGUUGUACGGUUUGGCAAUUGCGCAGUAUAAAAUCUACAAGUGUCCCAGAACUAGAAGGCAUCUAGUGCUACAAAUGGCCGAUGAAUGUUACAAUUCAAAAGAUUUUGGAAAAGCUUUAACAUUAUUCACUCACAUGCUCUCAGACUACAGGGAAGAAAAGUGGUGGGGAAUAAUAGGUAGUAUUUUAGAAAAAGCCUUAACAUGUGCAUUCCUUACGGCAAACAUUCAGGAUUACAUGCAGCUAGCGUUAGAAAUUCUUGGGUCUUCCGUUAAAGUUAGUAUAGACGAAAAGAGGCGGAUAUAUGAGAACUUAAACCGAAUUUUAAAGAAAAACAUUCCAUUUGGAGACCCUAAAGUCCCACACGAUGCCUUACAAAAUGCCAUAAUUUUGUGGCAACCAGUAUUUAGUGGCAAUGGUUUAUCGUUUAUGUUAGAUAUGACUCAAGUGGUGUCUUGUAUCGAGGUGAAAUCAAAAUUUACCAAGAUAGCAUUUGAAAUUGAUCAAAAAGUUUCUUUAGAAAUUCUUGUAAGAAAUACGUGUCCUUUCCCACUAACGUUCUCAAGGAUAUCAGUAAAAGUGAAUACCCAAAACACUAGUGCAGAGUUUGCUGUCGACAACGAGGGACAUAAUAUCACGUUUUCUUCCGGCGAAGUUAAAAAGUUUACUGUGGAAUUUGAGCCGGAACCCAACGACGUUAAUAGUGAAAUAGCGAUCGAACAUAUAACAAUGUCAUUAGGAAAUCAAUCAGAAUGUAACGCAAUACUAAAGUUUUCCAGCCAAGGUGGAAGUCAAACUGAACUGCCCGAACUGCAACAUUUUAAAAAGGCGAGUGGCGUAGAUUUCGAUAACAUAAAAGUGAUUUCGAAAGCUCAGAUCGUACCGAGAGAUUCGAAAAUAUCGGUGCGGUUUGAACAUGCUCCUCCGGCACUCGUAGGGGAGUGUUAUGAAAUUUAUAUUUCGAUACUGAACCAGGAAAAGUGUGACAUUAGGGAUUUGAGGGUGGAUGUGCUCUCCGAUGAAGAUCAGGAGGAUGUUGAAUUUUCUUCAUUACCAUCAAUGAAGUCAGAAAAACGCCCACUAACCCUACCCACUGCCAGUAGCCUAUCGCAAGACUCCAAACUGAAAACCAGCCUCUUUUUAAGGGCCAGUAAACCGUUAAUCAAAAACAUUUCUAUUAGGAUAGUGUACGUAUUAGAUUCUAAAAAGCCUGUGAUAAGUAUUAAGAACGAGACUGUGGUGUUGCCUAUAGUGCAGCCGUUUGAAGUGACCACCCAGUACGUAUCGUCACUGAUGCAGGAUAUUAAUAAAUUUUAUGCAGGAGAGAUUUUCGGGGUGAUACCGAUGGUGCAAUUUUUAUCGCCGUGGACUAUUUGUAUUGAGAAAACGGCUAUAGAAUUUAUUUCUCCAAUAAAAUCAAUGGACACGGAAAUAGUAAGCUACUUGGCAGGGACCACUUUCAAACAGGAAGAGAUGGGUACCGAAUUUUAUUUGGCCACGUCUGACAGGAAAUCUGACCAAAACUUACCGGUGGCGGAUUAUAAAAUUACGUGGAAAAGACAAUCAGGUUUGUCAACAACCACACAAAUCACUCUACACGGUUAUCACUGUGAUUGGAUACCAUUAAAUUUAAAACUAAUAAAGCCAGCUCAUGGCUUCGUGAGGACUCCUGUAGUUAUAAAAUAUCAUUUAAUGAAUCAGUCAUCUCAUUUAGUUCAGCUAGAUGUUGGAAUUGAGGCGGCCGAAGGAUUUAUGUUUUCCGGAUUUAGACAGACCACUGUAUCGAUAAUGCCCCACACAACGAAAAUUCUACAAUACAACUUAUACCCUUUGGUUGCCGGAAAUGUGUUUCUACCAAGACUGAUGCUUACUAUUCCGGAAAAUAGUACAGAGGGUCCGGCUUUAAGGCAGGACCAGUUAAAUCAGCUCAUUGAACGAGCAAUUUCGUGUAGUAUGUAUGUUAUGCCUCAGGCGAAAGGCAAUCCAGAACUACAUGAUACAAUAAAAGAAAAAAUCGCCUGCGGAGAUAGUUAAUUAGAACUGUACCCAUUCUAAAUGUUCAUGUAAAUUAAAUGAAAAAUAUUUUAAUGUUGUUAAUAAAUGUGUUUUUUACCUGCCUGUUGAUAGA